AUGAUAGGAAGUAAACGAGGACAGUGGAGUGUGGAGCUGUAUAGUACGAGGGAAGCCAAGUCCUAAAAAGAAAAACAAAGUUAGAACUUAGAACAGGGAGUAUUGUUAGAGAUUGCAACACGUGUCACUCUCUACUAAGAGACGCUCAUCCCAAAACACGAGUUUCUUCUGCUUCCCCACUUUAGAUGACCAUUGUCCAUUGCAACAAAACAAGUUACUCAGUACAUUGCAACAAGACAGCAUGGCUGAUGAUGCUAAAAGAAGGCGACUUGAUAGUGGAUCUAAAGCUGUUGAUAGAUUUAGCAACUUGCCGGGAAACUUAAAAGGCCUCAUCCUGGAACGCUUGCCACUGUACGAUGCAGCAAGAACAGCCGUCCUGUCAAAAAUUUGGGGAAAUAUAUGGACAAUGCUCCCAUGGUUGGUUUUUGAUCAUGUAUUUUUCUUGCGAAUGGUUUCAGGAAAAGAUGAACAAGCUCAAGUAUCAAAUGUUUCAAGAACCAUCAGUAAUAUUCUUUUACUUCACAACGGUCCUGUCUCCAAAUUCCAUCUUUAUGUUCCUCGAUCUUUUCCUCUUCAAAAGUGUUUGGAUGCGGAUUUGUGGAUUAAACGUAUAUCAAAUAGUGGGAUUAAGAUAUUGGAGCUUAUUAAUAGAACACCAUAUCCCUACCCUAUGCCUUCUUAUAUGUUUUCUUGUUUGGAGUUGACUCAUUUGACACUCGAUAAUUGUAUACUCAACCCACCCCGAAGAUUUGGAGGUUUCAGCAAUCUGAUUGAAGUUACACUCUCACGUGUCAAAAUAACUGCUGACGUUUUGUUUGGGACUCGACUUGAAAGAAUGAGAUUGGACUGUUGCACUGGGAUUAAACAUCUGGGAUGCCAAUUCAACUCUCAGUACAAUCUCAUUCGUAAAUUGCAUAUCAGUACCAGUGAAGAAAUUGAUUGGCAAUGGUUCAAAAACACUGAAAAGCUUCAUUAUCUUGGUCUUGUAUUGGCAGGGUCUUCAAAUUCUAGGAAAAACAUCAAUGAUUUGGACAACUUACUUGGGAAUAUGCCUGAUAUCUAUGGUCUUUACCUCGACAAUUUUUUCCUAACGUUUCUGGAACCAGAUGCUCCUCUUUCCAAUCGACUUACAACCACAUUGGUGAACUUGAAAACUCUGCAACUUUCCUGUGCUGGAGGUUGUAAUUGGGUUUUCAUUCAGCGUGUCUUCUGCUUGAUUAGAAGUUCGCCGAAGCUGAAAAAUCUUCAUAUAUGGCCGGAAUUUGGAGUAGGCAGAGUGCAUGGUACUGAUUCAAUGGCAGCUAGCAGGGUGGAACAGAAUUUGCUAUCACCAGAUUUCGUCAACAUGAUUCUUGACCAACUUGAGACUGUGCAUCUACAGGUAGUGAUUGGUUCAAGGUGUGAGCUUCAUUUUAUAAAGCUUUUGCUUGCAUCUUCCCCUUCGCUUAGAUGGAUCAAAAUUUCUAAAUCCUUCCCAAUUCAUGAUCUUAAAGAUGAGUUUGAGAUUUUACGAAAGGUGGCACGGUUCCCUAGAGCAUCUGCCACUGCAGAAUUAAUAUGGCCUUGACUACUUGCAGUCAGGCGGAAAUAUGGACUUCUGCUGGUAGCGAGGAGGACUAGUGAGAGCAUCUGCUACUGCUAAAUAGUUGGACUUAAUUAGUGGACACUUGUAGCCAGGAUGUUUAGUGCUGGACUUUUAAGCAUAUGUACUCUUUAAAACAUUGCUCGAACAGUUUCCAUCUUCUCAAUAUGUUCAAACUCCAAGCACUUUCUGAUGUUCAUGUUUUUCUCUCAA